AAGGCGUCCCUCCCCAACCGCACGUCGUUUUUCCUCCCAGCAUGCCCACCAUCGCCUCUAGUCCACCAUCCCCUUUCCCCGCCGGAGCGCCGCGCUGCCCAAGGCAGCGCCGACCGCCACAUGACACAGCCUCCCCGGCGACCCACAGCGACCGCCGAGAACGUCUUCCUCGGCGCUACGUCCAAACCCAGCCCGCGGCCCGACACGGCCACCGACAUCCCCACCUUCCUGCACCCGCCUCCCCCGCCGCCGCCGCAGAAGAACCAGAACGGGUCGUCCAAGCACCGGUCGCGCCCCGCCCGCCUCAUGCGGUCGGUGCGCGCCGCGUUCCGCUCGUUCCCGAUCCUCCCGGCGCCGUCCUGCCGCGGGAUUCCCUCGCUGCCCCACCUCCCGAGCCUCAACGGCGCCGUCAGGUUCCACGGCUCCACGCGCACCACGGGGACGCUGUACGGACGCCGCCGAUCGCGCAUCACCAUCGCCUUCCACGACAGCCCGGGCAGCCCGCCGGUGCUGCUGCUGGAGAUGUGCGUGCCCACGGCAAAGUUCAUCCAGGACGUCAGCGCGGCCGGCAUGGUGCGAGUCACGCUCGAGUGCGACAAGAAGCAGCAGCAGCAGCAGUACCAGAACGCGGGUGAGGCGGCGCUGCCGCUGCGGCGUCUGCUGGACGAGCCGACCUGGGCGGCAGAGGUAAACGGCGAGAGCGUCGGGUACGCGUCGCGCAGGGAACCGACGGAGGAGGACGAGCGGGUGAUGCGGCUGCUGCAUGCCACGUCCAUGGGUGCCGGCGUGCUGCCGGACGACAUGGCCGACCCGGCCAACGGCGAGCUCACAUACAUGCGCGCGCACUUCGACCGUGUCGUGGGAUCCAAGGACUCUGAGACGUACUACAUGCACAACCUGGAGGGCACCGCCACUGGGCCGGAGCUCACCAUCUUCUUUGUUAGGAAUUGAUUAGUUAAUCUUGUUCUCCCAUCCUGUUGUGUGCUUUUGUUUCUCCCCUGCCUUUUCUGUUCAUUUUAAGGAUGUGUGCAUAGAUUGUACUCCGUAUUAUUGGAUUAGCCUAGCUAGAUUAUUUUAAAUGAUAAGAACUGUUAAAAUUAAUUUAAAAUUGCUAGAAAUUUGUCGCUA